CACGCUAUAAUACUAAAUUAGUGAAUAGAAAAAUAUAUCAAAAUGAAAAUAGCCGUAGUACUUUUAUCCCUCGUGAUUAUAGUAAAUGCAGAUGACAGUGACAAAACAUUGGAGACAGCGAUCAACUUCAUUAAGGACUGUCAUGGAGACUACAUAUUGUGUGUUAAGGAAAAAAUGCUUACAAUCGUCGAUAACUUACGGACUGUUAGAAAUCUGAAAAUAGCCGAAGGUGUAGUUUUCAAAGCCGAAUCUGAGCCACUACCUCUCAAACCGGUAGAACCCUUACCUGUUGACCCUUCAGCAAGAGAUGCUGAAGUUAACUACAGACUACUGGAUGGAGUGGUCAAUCUCUUCGAAACACAUGCUUUGGAGGUUAAGAUGAACAAUGAAGACAAAGAGAGUCUGCAAAGGUCUCUUGAUGAAGGUCGUGGUAAGAAGAAAGGUGGUGGAGCUAUUGGAGGCAUUAUCGGUCUUCUUGGCGCGAAACUGCUGCUUGGAAAACUCUUCAUCGUCAAGCUCAUUGCCCUGAAGGCGUUGGCGACAGCUAAAAUCGCGUUAGUCCUGGCUGUUAUCCUCUUUGUGGCAUGGUGCCUGAAGCAAGACCACACAAAGACCACUUAUGAAGUAGUUCCUCAUGCCCUUCAUCAUGAAAGCCAUCACCCAGUUCAUGUGGAACAUGUUGCCCAUGAUGGCGGCCAUGGUCAUGGAGGAGGCUACUCCAGCUACGGUGCUGACUGGAACAAAAACUUGGAUGAAGCUCAAAACCUUGCCUACAGCGGCUAUGCGCAUAAUAACUAAAACCAAAUACCAAUUAUAAUUUAGGAACCUCUUUUGUA